ACCACAUCAAAAAUGAAGAGAUUUUUCUUCUUCCUAAAUUUCAUUUUCGUCUGCACCUCCGCUCAAGAUGUCUACGACCCGUUUGUCAAGUGCCUCUCCGACGCCAAAAUCCCCAAAGCCGAAAUCGAAAAAAUAGCAUACUCCCCAAACAGCCCCUCCUUCCCAACAGUCCUCCAAGCCUACAUCCGAAACCGCCGCUUCAACGUCUCCACCACCCGCAAACCAAGCAUCAUCGUCACUCCCACAACGGAGCCCCAAAUCAGCGCCGCCGUCGUCUGCGCCAAGACGCUCUCCAUCCAGAUCAAAAUCCGCAGCGGCGGCCACGACUACGAGGGCAUCUCCUACGUCUCCGCCGCCGCCUCGCCCUUCCUCAUCCUCGACAUGUUCGCCUUCCGCUCCAUCGCCGUCGACGUCGCCGACGAGUCCGCCUGGGUCGGCGCCGGCGCCUACCUCGGCGAGCUCUACUACCGCAUCUCCGAAAAGAGCAAGCUCCACGCCUUCCCCGCCGGCAUCUGCCCCACCGUCGGCGUCGGCGGCCACGUCAGCGGCGCCGGCUACGGCAACCUGCUGCGCAAGCACGGCCUCACCGUCGACCACGUGGUCGACGCGAGGAUCGCCGUCGCCGACGGACGGAUCCUCGACCGAAAAUCAAUGGGCGAGGAUCUGUUCUGGGCCAUCCGCGGCGGGGGCGGGGCCAGCUUUGGAGUAAUCAUAUCUUUUAAAAUUAAACUGGUCCCCGUCCCCGCCGCAGUAACUGUUUUCCGUCUCGAGAAAUAUGAGACGGACAACAGAACAGAUUCCGUUUUCCAAUACCAACAGAUCGUCGACAAAAUCGACGACCGUCUCUUCAUCAGAGUUCUCCUCCAGCCGGUAACACGUAACAAGAAUAAAAGCGUCCGCGCCACCUUCAUCGGGCUCUUCCUCGGCGGCGCCGAUGAGCUCCUCCCAAUCACAAAUUCCCAAUUCCCGAAAUUAGGGCUCGAAAAAUCGGAUUGCAAAGAAAUGACGUGGAUUGAAUCAGUCCUAUUCUGGGGCAAUUUCGACAACAAAACAUCUCCGUCCGUGCUGCUGAACAGAAAGCCGGACAAAAUCAACUUCCUGAAACGGAAAUCGGAUUACGUGAAAACCCCGAUUUCCGUUUCAGAUUUGGAAACAAUCUUCAAAAAAAUGGUGGAAAUUGGGAAAGUGGGGCUUGUGUUCAACUCCUACGGCGGGAGGAUGGCGGAGAUCCCGGCGUCCGAAACGCCGUUUCCUCACCGCGCCGGGAAUCUGUUCAAGGUCCAGUAUUCGGUGAGCUGGGAGGACGAGGGGGAGGCGGCGGACAAGGACUACAUCGAGCAGAUAAGGGCGCUGUACAGUUUCAUGGAGCCGUACGUUUCGAGUAAUCCGAGGGAGGCUUACUUGAACUACAGAGAUUUGGACAUUGGAACCACCGACAACGGUAAGGACAGUUACAGUGACGGAAAAGUCUACGGCGUGAAGUAUUUCAAGGGGAAUUUUGAUAGGCUGGUGAAAGUGAAGACGGCGGUUGACCCCGACAACUUUUUCAGGAAUGAGCAGAGUAUUCCGGUUUUGCCCUCGGCUGGAGGGAGGAAAUCCGGGAAAUAGAGGGGUAAAAUUGGAAGAGCAGGUUAUACAGUUAUUGGUGAUUUGGUGUUCUAUUUUACAGUUGAUAUGGUGCAAUUCGUUAUAGAAUUUUUUUGUACUUUCUAUACAUUGUACUUUUAAAAGCUUUAAAAAUGAAAUGAAAUUAAAUUAAAUUAAA